AUGUCGCUGGAAACGGUUAUCGAAAAGGUGAAGGCACGGGUCGCCGCCGUCGAUCCGAACGGACCCCGGAAGGUGCUGGGUGUGUUCCAGUUUAACAUCAAAACCGCAUCCGGCGUUGAGCUGUACGUGAUCGAUCUGAAGCAGUUGAAGGUGGAGAAGGGCACGACGGCGACACCGGACGUGACUGUUACCCUGAGCGUGGAGGACCUGAUCGCGGUCAGUGCCCGUACGCUGUCCGUGGGCGAUGCGCUAACGCAGGGUAAACUUGAGAUUCAGGGCGAUGCCACGUUGGCUGCCAAGUUGGCCGAAGUCAUCUAG